AACAUAAUCCUCAGGAUAUAGCAUAUGUAUAUUCUGGAUAUGCUCCUUUAAGUGUACGUUUGAUACAAUGCGCGACGACCAAGAGUGGAUCACCCUCAACUGGCAAUGGGUGGAAAGGAUAUGAAGAUGUGUUGAGAAUGUUGCCAGGUAAAACUUUCGAUGAAGUACAGAAGCCAGAGGAAGGAGCAAUACGUUCCAAAAGAAUGGUACAAGGACAGAAUCCACGCGUCACGCUUGUAUUCUUCUUGGGUGGAUGUACAUAUACGGAAAUCUCAGCAAUACGCUUUUUAGCACAACAAGAUGAUG